AUGGCUUUUGUGAGUGCCCGUCGAAUCAGACGUCCAGGCUGGACAUGGACAUUCCCGCUUCAGCAGGUCCGGUGCUGUGCAGGUUCCAGCAGCGACGUCCUCACAGCCAGCGCUGCGACGGACGUGGCCCGCUUGGGCGGCGCUAUCGCUGCACAUGUUCGCCAGGUUGGCAGCGCGUCGAUUCGCUGCAUCGGUCCAAAAGCUGCGUACCGCAGCGUCAAGUCAGUCGUCAAUGCCAGCGACUAUUUAAGUCGAGAUCCGGAUGCACUCGAAGACCGCUUUCUAGGAAUGGAGGUGUCGAAGCGCAAGGCACGAAGAAGAGAAGAGUCAGAGCCAGCAGAGCACAGUAACGAGCUGCAUCUUCGUGUGCACCCUGUGCAAUUACCGGCUGGUGCGUUCCAGAAGAGCAAGCCGGCUGUGGAACUUCUCGUUGGAGCCAGCACGCAGCCUGGCAAGGCGGCUGCGGCCAUGGCAGGUGCGUUGAGGCCAAUGGGAGGAGGCCAUGGGAAGUAUCCCCUGGUCAGAGGCAUCGGGACCCUGGCGAUUCACCGUGCACUUGUCGCGGCCUAUCUUGCCCAAACUUACCUAGACAACGACGAUCGGGGAGUUCGAUUCCUGGUGGUGCCACGCUUCGUGCAAGAGGAGACCCAGACGGGCUCAGGCUUUCGGAACCAGCUGGUCUUAAGGCUUGUACGAUGGGCAGCGGACGCACCAAAAGGCCCAGUGUACUGCGAGGGUGGUUGCACCUGA